CGGGGCUAAGCAUAUGGAACUUUAUCCUCUGAUGUUGACUAAAUUAACCUUUCCUAAUUGUCAUAACCAAUGACUAUCUGAAUUUUUCCUUUUUUAGGAUAUUUAUGAAAUUGAAGGGAGGAAAUUUGGAAUGAUUGGGAUGCGAAAUAUUGGAUGUAUUCCAUCCACGAGACAAUCAAGCGGGAAUGGUUCUUACUCGAGCAUUGCCAAUGAGCUCGCAAAGCUUCACAACAGAACUCUCGUAUAAAUUCUCAAGAAGCUAGAGACUCAGCUACAAGGAUUCAAGUACUCCUACUUUGACUUCUACACUUCAGCUCGGAAUAGAAUCCGAAACCCAUCGAAAUAUGGUCAUCAUGUCGACUCCGACUCUCCACAUCAUUCUCUUCGCUAGUCUCGCCAGCCUCUUCGUAUCAACUGGCUGUGCCAAUCAAUCUCGGAAAGACGUUGCUUUGUUCAUCUUCGGCGACUCCAUUAACGACGCAGGGACCAACAACUACAUAAACACCACUGCAGAUUUCAGAGCAAACUUUCCUCCUUAUGGCGAGACGUUCUUCCACCAUCCCACUGGCAGAUUCUCCGACGGUCGUCUCAUCGCUGAUUUCAUCGCCGAACAUGCAAAGCUGCCGCUGAUUCCACCAUAUCUCCAAAAGAAAGAUGGUGAACUCAUGGGAGGGGCGAAUUUUGCAUCCGCUGGAGCUGGUGCUCUCGUUGACACUUACAAAGGAUUUGUGGUGGAUUUCAAGAUGCAGCUGAAGCAGCUUCGACAGCUAAAGAAGAAGCUGAGGAAGAAGGGGGGGAGUGAGAAGGCGAAGAGGAUAAUUAAGGAGGGUGUUUACUUGAUUAGCAUCGGAAGCAAUGACUACUUGAUGCCUCUCGUUUAUACUCCUGCUCUGUUUCAGUCCAUUUCCAUGGAGGAUUACGUGGGGAUGGUGAUUGGUAACAUCACCACCGUGCUCAAGGGAAUAUAUAAAGUAGGAGGAAGAAAAUUUGCAGUGAUUGGAAUAGGGCCACUUGGGUGCGUGCCAGGUGUGAGAGCAUUAACCAGAAAUGGUUCUUGCUCAGGUGAAGCCAACAAGCUCGCCAAGCUUCACAACACUGCUCUUACUUCAAUACUCACAAAACUGGAGACUCAACUCCAAGGAUUCGAGUACUCCUACUUCGACCUCUACACCUCAGGCAGUGAGAGAAUCCGAUACCCAUCGAAAUAUGGUUUUAAGGAAGCGGAAAACGCGUGUUGCGGUUCGGGUCCUUAUAGGGCGAAUUCGACCUGUGGAGGCAAGAGAGGAGUGAAAGAAUAUUCAUUAUGUCGUCGUCCCGAGAAGUAUGUGUUCUUUGAUACCUACCAUCCAAGUGAGAGGGCUAACCAGCAAUUUGCACAGUUGAUGUGGAAUGGGAGUCCGAGUGUUGUUAGACCUCACAACCUAGAAGCAUUGUUCAAAUACGAGUGUGUUUGAAUUUUUUUUUUGAAAACGUUGGUGAAUAACCACAACCAGCUCAAACGUCAAAUAUGAAUAACGGGGCAUUGUUUUGGAUUGAUGUAUGGUUGCACUUCUGUUAAAGAACGAGGAUGUGCAAACGGGCUCCAGCAUUGUUCAAAGGUGGACAAACUUGAAUUCCUUGAAAGUUUUGGGAAAAGUUCGAAUAAAUGCGAUUGAUUAUUGCUUUGUU